CACGCUCGUCUCUCCAGGACGCGUGGGGUGCUUUCGCUGUCGCUUAUAAGCUUAUGCUGCGCACCCCUUUCUUUCUCUCUCCCUCCCCUCCCUUCACUGUUGCAUGCAGCAGCUCUGGCCUCUUUCCCUGCUGCCAUGGCAGAGCCGUGAGCUUCGAUUUCUAGGGUUUCGGAAAAGGCUCGAAUCAUCAGAGCUUUGUGCUUGUGUUGAUUCCUUGUCUAUCUCUUCUCUUUUGGGUCUUUUCAUUCAAUACUUUUCCUUGUUCUACAUCAUCUCUCUUUUUUUUCUCUCUCUCUACGUUUUUGGUUAUCCCUUUUGUACAGUAGCAGUUCGUCAUUGUGUGUGGAGAGGAGAGAUGUAGAGGUGAAGUUUGUGUCUCAGACACUACUGUCUCGUACUGUGAGUCUGGUCGUCGUUUUUGCAGCUGUUUACUGUGCAGUUGCUUUCUCUUCAGACUUUUGCGUUUCGUCAGGGACUUUCACUGGUCUCUUGUAUUUUCGGAUGUUGCUUGUGCUAAUGAUUGUACGGCAUUGAGAAUCUGGAUGCGAUUUUGGAGAUAAUUUUGAGUGUGUUUGUGGAGAUGGAAAUUGGAGGAGGAUUUAGGCAUUGUGCUAAACAUUUUUCGGAGCUUGUGUAGAAAAAUUGGGCCUAUUUUUGAAUGUGGAUUCUAUGCUGGUUUUUUUGCUUUGUAGAUUUGAGAAGAGAAGCUAGGGUUUAAGAUCAUUCGUAUUUUGGCUCGGAGAUGAACGAUACUACAGGAAAAGCGGUCUCCUCUUUAGCUAUUGCAGAGAAGCGGCCUCAAAGGCCUGGUGGUUGUGUAGGCAUUUUCUUUAAGCUCUUCGACUGGAACCGAAGGUUCGCCAAGAAGAAGCUCUUCUCUAAGAAAUUGCUCCCCGCAGCUCGUGCAAAACAUGCUUCAAAGAAGUUUGGCGAUGAGAAGAUGCCCAUGGCUAAGCAUCAUCUGAUUGCUGAUGAGAACACUGGCGGGUUCCCGAAUGUGAAGAAAAGUGGGAACCGUAAUGCAGAUACUAUGGAGCAAAAGCAUGAAAUGGGAGCUCCGAGCUUGGUUGCUAGGUUAAUGGGUCUUGAAUCAAUGCCUAGUGUGCAACGAAGUAAGCCCAGGACAGCUUCAAUUUCUGAAAUUUGUAAUGAUAGAGAAGAGAAAUUUGUGAAUAAUCAUAGUGGGUUUGAUAAGGAAGACUUGAAUUUGGAGAAAGGAAUUACGAAACAUGAAUCGAGGCCUCAGAAGCUUCAGAAGACAGCUUUAACUGAGAGGCGAGCAGUGGGCAGAUUUGGUGCAGAGGCAUUGCAAUUCAAAACCAUCUUGUCACGAUCCAAAAAGCAUCACCACCACCCAAAGCUUGCUUCUCCUGCAAAGAGUCCAAGGAUUUUGUCUGGGAGCCGGACGAAUACAUCUCGGCUAAUUGAUGCUGCCACUAAAAUUCUGGAACCCAGUUUGCAAGCCACAAAUAGAGCCAAAUCUGCAAUUACUUAUUCGAAUUCUAUCCUACAUCCUGUGAAGGGUGAGGUCAUGAAGGAGAAUACAACAGAUCUGUCACUGGAUCCGUCAAAACAAUUUGGCUAUUGUGCCAGUGCGUCCAAGCCUUUGAAGGGACAAUCUUCUUGCAAAAAUUGUGGUAAUUUUCUAGAUGUUGUGGAUGUAAGAUCGAGUGUCGUGGAGCAGGCACCUGUAUUUGCUUCAUCUACUGCACAUUUGGCUAGUGGCCCUUUUCAAGAGUCAGAUAGAAGUAAUGCAAGACUGCCCAUUCCAUCAUCAAUCAAGCCAGAAAGAAUUGUGGUUCUCAAGAAAAUUCCUGACCAACAUGCAUCUCUUGCUUCUCAAGCAAAUGAAAACAUGCAAGCCCGUAGUGAACCAUUUAGGGAUGGAAAACCUAUUUCUGGAGAAGGCAAAGAUCAGUGGCAUCUGGCCAGCCAACAGUGCAAACCUCAAAAAGAUGUGUCAUCUCCUGUUGCCUUCAGGCAUAGCACUCUAACACAAAAUCAAAUGUCAAUUAGCAGGGACAGAACCCCACCAAGGGCCAAAUUAAAUGAUCUGCAAAGCAGGAGAAUUGCAUCUCCUGUAAAUGCUGUAAGUGGGGCCAAAGACUACAUUUCUCUGAACCGAAGUUUGAGUGGCCAUACCCGACCAAGAAUGGCUAUGAAGGUGGAUAAUAAUACCAAGUUUGGCACAGAUGGAAAUACUUGUUACAGGCAAGAUGAUUCCUUAUCACAACCAAGGACCCCAGUACGGAAGAGGAGGACUAUGAACGUUGGUAGGCAAGUAGAUAAUGCAAGUUUUCUGAAUUCUACGUCAGUAAAUCAAGGAAAUGUGCGAUGUAAUAUGAGCACUAGAAAAGGGUUGCCUAAGAACCAAACCUGUGUCAAGAAUGCAGUGGCCAGCCUAAGAGAAAGUGAUGGGGCCCAUGUCAAUAAGGAAAUUGAUGUUAUUAGUUUCACAUUUAAUUCCCCGAUGAGGAACAAAACUGGAAUGCUUGCCGAAAUGGGAGAGAAAAGAAGGGAUCAAAGUGAUGUUAUCUGUAAUAGUACUUCUCGGCCGAGAAAGUUAAUAUUGGAUGAAGAUAAUGGAAAGAAAGCUUUUCAAAAAUCGUUUCCUUUGAGAGUAGAUGCUUUAGGUGCCUUUCUUGGAAAAAAAUUGAAGGAAUUAGCUUCUGCAGAAGAGGAUGAGUUGUCAGCUGGAGGUACUCCAACUAAGAGAUGCCCUGCUAUGAUUCUCCAAGAGUUAAUAUCUGCUUUAACUGAAGAGAAGCCUGUUUCUCAGUAUGAUGGAGCAGUUAGAAUUAACCAGAAUGAUAAUUUGACCUACUGUAACAAGGAUCCGUCUGAUCACGUAUGCUCAAAUGGCCACAUGUCAAAGAAGAAUGUUACUUUCCAGGCCAAAGCAAAGACAGAAGGGACUUCAUUUACAGUUUCACAUGAUGGUGAUCAUCAAAGCCCAGGAUCUGUUCUUGAGGCAUCAUUCUCGAAUGAAAGUUUCUCUAGCAGUCUGGAUGAUAGUUCAGGACACAAGCUUCACCCUGGAUCCAUUGAUUAUUCCUAUGAUCAGCCAGAGUCAUCAGAAGCUGAUACAGAUCUUUUGGAUUCAGCAACCUCGUUGAGCAAAUGGAGGACUGGUAGUGAGGCUGUAGCUGAUCUUGUCAACUAUAUUUCUAGCAUAGUACAUGCCAUCAAUCUGCCUGGUGCCAGAUUAGGUGGAAGCAAACUCACACAUGUGAAGGAGGUUAUCUUGAAUGCUGAACUGUUGUUUGGGAAUGCAGCUCUAGCAAAUUCAGAUGGAUGCAGGAGUUUUCUUGGCCACUUUCUAGUUGCCGAACUGGAAACUCUUACCUGUGCUACAUGGACAAAGUCAGAUAUUUUUCCUGGCUUUGAGGAUAACACCAAAGGCCGGAAUCAAGUUACAGGGUUCCUCUUUGACAGUGUGAUAGAAUAUUUAGACACAAAAUACUGCAUCCACGCUGAUUCAGGAUACAAGGCAUGGACUAGACUGCCAUGGUUGAUGAAUGGGGAGAAGUUGAUCAAGUUAGUUGUUGAGGAGAUUAGGAGAUGGGCAGAUUUAGCUGGGAGGAUUCCCGAUGAAAUAAUUGAGUGGGAGAUGAGUCACUCUUUGGGAAAAUGGACUGAUUUUGAGAUCGAGGGGUUUGAAACUGGGGCUGAAAUUGACAGUGACAUACUCCAGAUUUUGGUGGAUGAAAUCGUGGUAGAUCUUAAGGAGUGCAGCCUGAAUUCCUCAUACAUCUAAUACAGCCCCGCUACCACCAAUUCUGCAAGCGAUUUCUCUCACACCUGUUAAGUUGAAUCAAAGCUGAUCCUUCUCUUUUUGCUUUUUGUUCUUUUGUGUAAAUUGAUGCUAUUUAUUGACAGAAGCUAUAUUGGGUUUUGUAGAGAUGGACAUUGUAAUUACACCUCUGUUGGAUUUAACUUUCUUUUAAGGUA